UGACACGGAGUCAUUUCGAGGCGGAACUCCCGGCGCACUUCCGCCUGUGACUUCCGUUUGUCAUUCAACGAGACCGUGGUGGAACAACCUGCUUCUUCUCGGCGACACGUAAAUACUGGAGCUGAAGUGUGUGUGUGACCAGACAUCAUGACACUGUUUCACUUUGGAAACUGCUUUGCUCUUGCAUAUUUCCCUUACUUCAUCACAUACAAGUGCAGUGGCCUUUCGGAGUACAAUGCCUUCUGGAGAUGUGUGCAGGCAGGUGCAACCUACCUGUUUGUCCAGCUCUGUAAGAUGCUGUUCUUGGCGACAUUUUUCCCCACGUGGGAAGGAGGGGCUGGAGUUUAUGACUUUGUCGGGGAAUUCAUGAAGUCAACAGUGGACCUCGCAGACCUUUUGGGCCUCCACCUUGUGAUGUCUCGUAAUGCUGGUAAAGGAGAGUACAAGAUCAUGGUGGCUGCCAUGGGCUGGGCAACAGCAGAACUCGUCAUGUCCAGGUGCCUUCCUCUGUGGGUGGGAGCCAGAGGAAUUGAGUUUGACUGGAAAUACAUCCAGAUGAGCUUUGACUCUAACAUCAGUUUGGUCCAUUAUAUUGCCAUGGCAGCAGUGGUGUGGAUGUUUACACGAUAUGAUCUCCCCAAGAGCUUCAGGCUUCCGGUCACUGUGCUUCUGGCUCUUUGCGUCUACAAGUCCUUCCUAAUGGAGUUGUUUGUCCAUGUCUUCCUCUUGGGCAGUUGGACAGUGUUGCUGGUCAAAGCCGUGCUGACUGGAGCCAUCUCUCUCUGCUCGCUGUUUCUCUUUGUCACUCUGGUCCACAGCAACUAGGUAAACCGCAGCACGGGACGAGCCUUCAACCGCCUCUUUGGGCCCAGAGUGGAGCAGGUGGUAGUCAGACCCCUGACACCAAACCAGUCAUGGUCUCAACACACAAUACUAAAGACUGCUGAAAAAUGCAUGCUGAGUAUUGAUAGUUGGACUCAACUAAUACAUAAAAAACAGGCUGAUGUAUGAGCCAACAACUGGUGAACUAACCAGUUCUUCCAGUUGUUUUCUUUUUUCUUAUUAACUUAUAUGAUCAAUUGAUGGGAAAAAUGCAUUCGCCGUGCAGCUUUCUUUCAUUUCAGUCCAACAGACUGCAGGAUGAAUGGUGACAUUGGGAGGCUUCUGUAACAUGAUGGGUUUAUCUGAGCUGUGUUGGUUUGUGAAACGGUGGAUUUUGUAUCUUAAUGAAAUGAGACUUUAUAAAUAACACCUUUUCUUUUCUAUGUUGUGUCCAAUGAGCCAGUGUAAGUGGAAUUCUCUUAGUGGAUGUGACAGAUGGAUGACAGUGAUGUUUCUUUGAUAGUUGAUUAUGUGGCCACAAAUGUGUCAAUUUAUUUAUAUACAAAUAAACAUACCAGUAGUUAAAACACAUCCGUAGCAAGAUUGUUGUAAUCAUUAAAGAAAUUAAAACGAUUCAAUGUUUAACUCUAAAAUGAAAAGUGCCCGCGGUCUGAAUAAGACGAGGAUCACUCGGCUUUGUGACAUCUGUGACCUUGACAUAAACAUUUUCUCUCGUCUUA